AUGGCUCAUCAAUUAAUUAAAGAAUUCUUGGAAUUACAACCUUCAUUAGAUUAUCCUACUCUUCAUUUAAUUAUUUAUAAUGUCCCUAAAACAUUUGAUAAAUCUCAAUUUUUCUUAUUAUUUCCUUCUAAUAUCAAAAUUACUUCUACUGAUUUUACUUGUCUUCAUCUUCAUUUUGUCAUCAUUCAAUUUAAUUCAGUAACUGAUUCUAUUAUAUGUUUUCAUAAAAUUCAUUCAAAACAAUUUUGUGGAAGGUACUUAUAUGUUCAAUUUGGUUAUCAAGUCAUCUCAAAUUUACCUUUAAAUUAUAUUCGAUUAAAGUAUAUAGCAAACAUUACUUUUGAAUCUGUUCUUCAUUAUUUUAGUUUCUUUGGAAAAGUAAGAGCAAUCACUCAAGAUGGUAAUGAUUAUCUUUGUGAAUAUAACUCUAUUAGUGAAGCAUCUAAUGCUUAUAAUAUUAUUUCCAAUCAUACUAUCACUAAAGAAAUGGAAAAUAUUUUAGGAUUAAACCAACCACAGAAUCUAAUGUGUGAUUGGUAUAUUCCUAUAGAUUUAAAAUACAAACAUCUCAUUAAUCAAACACAAACAAUGGGUAUUAUUCCACAAAAUAUCUUGGCAUUACCAAGUAAUAGUUUGAUGGCAUCAAUUAUUUUGACAUAUUACAAUAAGGAAGAAAAUGAGAAAUUAGAUUUGAUAGGUGUAGAUUGGAGGGAUGAAGAUGAAAAAAAGACUAAAUCAAUGGAAGAAGAAAAUAAAGUAUUGGAAAAUGAGAAUGAAGUUCCUGUGCAAAAAAUACCAGAAGUGAAAGAUGAAGUUCAAAUACCUAAUGAAGUAUUGUCUCAAACAAAACAAAAUCAAUCUCAUGAUACUCUUUUAAAUUAUGGCAAUGAAACUAUUAUUCUUGUAGAUGAAGAUAAACCAAAUACUGAAAUUAUCCUACUAUCAGAUAGUAAAGACCAAAAAGAACACCAUGAAAUACUUGAAAUUAAAGAAGAAAUCAAUCAAACGCAAUCACGUUCUGUUGUUAAUCAAGAAAAGCAAACUUCUCUUAUCACAAAAAAUGAACAAACAAAAGAUGAAUGGGAUUUCGAUCUUGAACUUUCACCACAAGAAAUAAAUCAUUUACAAUCAAAAUCAAUGGUUGAUUAUCAACAACAAUCUUCAAUACAAGAAAAACGUCUUUCUCCAUUUGAUGGUCUUUACCUUUCAAAGUAUGAUUAUCCUGAUAGAAAUUAUAAUGAAUCAAGGAAUAGAAGCAAUUCAAGACAUAGAAAAGAAUCUCGCUAUUAUCAGAAAUCUUAUGAUAGAUGUAACCAAAGACAUUCUCAAUCACAAAAACGUCAAUCUUCUAUUCAAAUUAAACCUAACAAAUCUCUUCCUUCUUCUAAGAAAACUGAAAAGAUAGUUAGUUCAUUUCAUCCUUAUAAACAGACAAAAGAAAGAGUUGAAUAUCCAACUAACACUACUAAUGAAAAGAAAGUAUCCAGAACAUCUUCAUUCUACAGUCAGAAUGGAACAAAUGAAUGCAUAGAUAUUGUUUUUACUCCACAACACCAGAAUCAAUUUGAAAUUAAAAGAAAUCAGAUAUUAAAUGAAAGUAUAAGUCGUAAAGAUGUUAUUGAAAAAGAAAUAACAAAUACUAACACUUCAAAAGAAUCACAGAAAUUAAACAAUAUUUUUAUUCCUCGUUGCAUUCAAGAAGAAUUAGAAAGUUGGACAGCAUUUUAG